AUGUGGGGGCGCGUGGUUUUCUUUAUCGGACGUGUGAUUGCAUGGCUGGUACCUGACAUUCCUGAGUCCGUGGAGGUCAAGGUGAAGCGUGACUGGUACCUGGCCAAGGAGGCCCUGGCUGAGAACAAGGUCCUUUUGGAGAGAUGGGAGACAAGAAGCAAGGCCAGCAUCACGGAUCCAGCCGUGGGUAGGGACUGGGAAACGGAGCAGUUCGCCAGCAGCUGA